AUGGGGACGAGGCGUGCCGCCCUCUGCUUCCUUCUGCUCCUCGUGAUCAUCUUACACGGAAACCCUACACUCAUUUCGGCGGACGACGCAGAGGUGUGCAAGUACAGGAAUCCGUACGUGCCCUUCUGCCACGGCUGGAGCUGCAAGGCGGAGUGCUGGAUCGAGGCCAAAAUCUUCAACGCCCGUCUACAGGAGUACAGGUGUAUCAGGGGCGGCAUCAAGGGCACCUGCUACUGCCUCUUCUGCGGGAACCACAUGAGGUUCCUCCACCUCCACUGA